AGUAAUGCUGUGGAUUUGAUAUAGAUUUGUAUUAGUAUCUGUUUCUUUUUCAAAAUGGUGAUUGGGUGUGCUUAUUUUGGAUGCCUCAACCUCGCAAAGCCCGUUAGAUUACGUCCGCGGCCAUUACCGCAUGAGGAAAGACUAACUUUCCACAGAUUUCCCAUCAGUGAUCCUGAGCGACUGACGCUGUGGCUGCUCGCGACACGCCGGGACCUCAAUACACCCAUCGAGUAUCUCAAAGUGUUGAGGGUCUGCAGUGAACAUUUUUCCCCUGCCGAUUUCCAACCAACCAAGGGAAACAACCGACGAUUUCUGAAAUCAUCAGCUGUGCCUUUGAUUUUACAGCGAACUGAGGAGACGUGUAGUGAUCCAUUUCACCAAAGUCAGUACUACCCAGCAGCAGACAACGAGGAAAAGACUGAGGUCCUAGGCGUAGGGGUGUUUUUGGCGGGUGUUCCACAAUCAGCAGUCAGGCAGAAGAACAUGGGACAACUUGAGGAAACUCAAUCAGAUCUCAUUUUGAUGCUUACAAGUCCAGAAUCAGUUGGACAUCGGACACUUCCAUCGACGUCUGGGACGUACUUUGCCCUUCCUCCCAUUCGCACCUAUCAGUCACUUUCAUUAGUCCCUCCAUCAGACAAGGAGGAGCUUAGUUUUGUUCCACUAAGUUCAACGUCAACUUCAAGUCCAACUGCAGAGGAAGAGGAUGAGGAAGUACAUUGGAAAGAAAGAAAAUGGAUCAUCAACGAGUCCAGUGUGAUGGAGAUGUUUCGGAGAUGUCAAGAAUGUGGUGCGCCUGUCACAGAAACCAAAACAGCGACAUCCGGGAGCCUCAUCCGUGUUCAGUGGGAAUGUGAAAAAAGACAUUAUGGGCAGUGGAGUUCAUGCUCUGAUGUUCGAGGAAUGCCUGCAAACAACCUUCUGGUGUCAGCAAGCGCAGUGUUCACCGGAGCAACAUAUGCAGACAUCGCUGAUUGGGCUACCCUGCUCAACCUUCAAGUGCCAAAGAAAUCCACUUUCUAUGCUCUGCAGUCAUCUUACCUCAUCCCUGUCAUUGAUGCUGCAUACAGAGAGCAGCAGACAACGCUGCUUAAUCAAUUACGAAUACAGAACAUGUUCCAGAAGGGAGUGCAUUUAUCCGGGGACGGGAGACCAGACAGCCCAGGAACCUCUGCCAAAUAUAACACAUACAGUUUGAUGGAUGAUACAACCCAUAAAAUUGUCCACUUUGAGUUGGUGCAAGAUACAGAAGCAUCUAGCUCCAUUGCCAUGGAGCCGAUAGGUUUCAAGAGAGGUCUAAGCAGACUAGUGGAGCAAGGCAUUCAAAUAGAUGUGGUGACCACAGAUAGAUCCCCAUCUAUAAGGAAGAUUAUGCGGGUGGAUUAUCCAGAUAUGCACCAUGAGUUUGACAUCUGCCUUGUGGUCAAGGGGUUAUACAAGAAAUUGUUAUCCGUGUCAAGAUACAAGGACAACCACAAACUCCAGCCCUGGAUAAAGUGUAUAUGCAACCAUUUGUGGUAUUCCUGCGCAACUUGUGGAGGUGACCCUGAUGACUUGACCCAGAAGUGGAAGUCCAUUCUUUAUCACAUUUGUGGUGAACAUAGUUGGAUUGAAGACGGAAGACAACGCAGAUGUCUCCACAAUGACCUCAGUCCUGACCAGCAACGACGAAAGAGAUGGCUUGAAAAAGAGUCCCGUGCCUUCCAUACACUGAAGACCCUUGUCUUGGACAAAGGUCUCCUAAAGGACCUGAGGCAAAUGGCCCUUUUCAAGCAUACAAGCAAGCUUGAAGUUUUUCAUUCAUUACUAGUAAAGUACUGUCAGAAGAACCUGCACUUUCACAACUCCUCCAUGAUAGCUCGUACUCAACUUGCUAUCCUUGACUACAAUGAAAAUGCACAUUGUCAACAGGCCACAACAACUUCUGGUGUGCCUUGGUACAACGGGGUGUUCCCUGAGCACUCAAAUGAGUGCGUAUCCAAAAAGCAGUUUGAACCAACUACACACAAAUUUAGAGAUGGUCUGGUUCGGAAAGUUCUGGAGAGGCGCAAGGACCCGAAUGUAUUUUUCAAAGACCAGUCCUCUCAUUUGACCAUUUCCAAAAUACCACUAAACAUUGCAGAAGAAACAAAACCAGACAAGCAAGAAGCUAUUUCGAUUCACCUGUCUGAAUUUGGCAAGUAAAGUUUUUUUCUAAAACAAUAUAUUUAUAUAUUUAUAUCCGUAACAUCUCCACAUUCAAGUCUCAGCUUAAAAAUCUGAUUUGAUCACAUUACUAUCGAUCCAUCUCUAGUUGCUAAUGCUCUUUUUUUUUUUUCUACCUUGUGCUUCACUGAUUAUAAAGUGACCUUGAGCUUUUGGAAAGGCAAUGUAUAAAUGAUGCUUAUUAUCAUUCUACUACUUCUCAUUUGUAUAUUUUGUUUACUUUUUCUUAUUGGUAGGAACAGUGCCAUAUAAAUCCGGAAAUAUACACUUUG